AAAGGAGCGAGCGCCUGGAAGCCGGUUCGACGCCGAGAGCCAAUCGCUGCUGCGGCCCCGCGAUAAAAGGGCUCGGAGCCGGCGCGGGGAGCGCAGGAAGCGGCUCCGCUGCACGGCCGCGGCCUCUGCGGCGGGACACGGGCGGCAGAGCCCCGGGCACGGUACAGCACAGCCCAGCCCCGGGCACGGCACGGCACGGCCCCGCCCUGCGGACCCUCCUGCUCGGCGGUGCUGCAAGAGCUCUGUCUGUGACACCUCUGCAGGGAACCUCGACCCACAGCCUUCAAGCUGAGGAUUAAACAGAGGGAGAAGGGGAAGGAGCCAUGUUCCAGGCCACGGGAGCAGCCAGCCCAGCCCCAGCCCAUGAGGCCAAAAGCAGCUCAGGAGGCAGCACAGUGCAGCGCUCCAAGUCCUUCAGCCUGAAGGCGCAGGUGAAGGAGAUGUGCACUGCCUGCCAGAAAACCGUGUACCCCAUGGAGCGCCUGGUGGCCGACAAAUUCGUCUUCCACAACUCCUGCUUCUGCUGCAAGCACUGCCACACCAAGCUCAGCCUGGGCAGCUACGCCGCGCUCCACGGGGAGUUCUACUGCAAGCCCCACUUCCAGCAGCUCUUCAAGAGUAAAGGCAACUACGACGAAGGCUUCGGGCGCCGGCAGCACAAGGAGCUGUGGGUGCACAAGGAGGUGGAGAGCGGCACCAAGUCGGCGUGAGCGGGGCCAGCCCCGCCCCGGAGCCCCGCAGAGCCGGGGCGGCUGAGCCGGGAGAACUGAGCUGAUGUAGAGCAGGACCUGGGCCCGGGCAGAGGGGGAGCCCCACUCUGGGGGUGCUCAGAGGGGUCCUGCAGGCUCUAAGGACAGGGCAGGGGUGAGCAGGGUGCAGCCCCCAGACCUGGAGCCCUCUCUGUGCCCAGUGAGAUCAGAGCAGGAGCAGUGCCCCCCAUGGGCCCCCAGUGAGAUCAGAGCAGGAGCAAUGCCCCCCAUGGGCCCCCAGUGAGAUCAGAGCAGGAGCAAUGCCCCCCAUGGGCCCCCAGUGAGAUCAGAGCAGGAGCAGUGCCCCCCAUGGGCCCCCCAGCCCUGUUGAUCCAUGUCAGCCCUGUCACCAUGGAAAAGGGAAGAGCUGGGGGCUUCUCCAGCUUGAGGCACUGCAGAGCUCCCAGCCACACCAGCCCUGCCCUGCUGGGGCUCUGCAUGAGGAGGGUCCUUGGUUUACAUCAGCUCAGUUCAGCUGGGAUGGUUCAGCCUUAAGGUUUCACAGUGUCUGUUUUUUAUAUUUGCCUUCCACUGGUACGUUCUGCGCUGGAGCCUCGUGGCAGCUUCGCCUGCGCGCCUUUAUUUUUGUAAUACAAGGUUUCCCAGC